UUCCAUCGGCAAGUGACUGAAAGUUUCGAGUCAUCCUGAAGGAGGUCGGAGUCCCUCGUCCUUUUUGUCUUUUGUGGCGGAAAUCUAACAAAAAUCCAAGAUGCCUGACCAUUUAGGCUCUGAUAUGAGAAAGACGAAGGAGGAAAAUAAAGAAGAGGAGGCGAUUAGAGUGUUGGAUGAAGCUGAUAUUUCUUUACUAAAAACUUAUGGCCAAGGACCAUACACCAAAGUCAUCAAGAACAUUGAAGACGACAUCCAAAAGGCAGUGAAGAAAGUGAACGAUCUCACUGGCAUCAAGGAGUCUGAUACUGGUCUUGCCCCCCCUGCCCUUUGGGAUUUGGCGGCUGAUAAACAAACUCUCCAGAAUGAGCAGCCACUUCAGGUUGCAAGAUGCACAAAGAUCAUCAACGCUGAUUCGGAGGAUCCCAAAUACAUAAUUAAUGUUAAGCAGUUUGCAAAGUUUGUGGUGGAUCUUGCUGAUUCUGUUGCACCUACUGACAUCGAAGAGGGAAUGAGGGUGGGUGUGGAUCGUAAUAAGUACCAGAUUCACAUUCCUUUGCCUCCCAAGAUUGAUCCCUCAGUGACUAUGAUGCAAGUCGAGGAGAAGCCAGAUGUCACUUACUCUGAUGUGGGAGGAUGUAAGGAGCAGAUAGAAAAGCUCCGCGAAGUAGUUGAGACUCCCCUCUUGCAUCCUGAAAGAUUUGUGAACCUGGGUAUUGAACCUCCAAAAGGUGUCUUGCUGUUUGGCCCCCCAGGCACUGGCAAGACUCUUUGUGCCCGUGCAGUCGCGAACCGAACUGACGCCUGCUUCAUUCGUGUAAUUGGUUCAGAAUUGGUCCAGAAAUACGUUGGAGAGGGAGCUAGAAUGGUGAGAGAGCUUUUUGAAAUGGCCCGCAGCAAGAAGGCUUGUCUCAUCUUCUUUGAUGAAAUUGACGCCAUUGGGGGAGCCCGUUUUGAUGAUGGUGCUGGAGGUGAUAAUGAAGUGCAGAGAACUAUGUUAGAGUUGAUUAACCAGUUGGAUGGAUUUGAUCCACGUGGAAAUAUCAAGGUUCUCAUGGCCACUAAUAGACCAGACACCUUGGACCCAGCUUUGAUGAGACCUGGCCGUUUGGAUAGGAAAGUCGAAUUUGGGCUUCCUGACUUGGAAGGUCGUGCUCACAUUUUCAAAAUCCAUGCCAAGUCCAUGUCGGUGGAAAGAGAUAUUCGUUUCGAUCUCCUCGCUCGUCUUUGCCCUAACAGUACAGGUGCUGAGAUCCGGUCUGUCUGUACAGAAGCUGGUAUGUACGCCAUUCGAGCACGCAGGAAGGUUGCUACAGAAAAAGAUUUCCUCGAUGCUGUAAACAAGGUCAUCAAGGCCUAUGCCAAAUUCUCAGCUACGCCUCGAUACAUGACGUACAAUUAAUUUAUGUUUUACAGGUCUUCUAUGGAAUAUUUUUUAGCAGUACUUUGCUCGUGAAACCAUUUCAUUAUCAUUAUUAUUAUUUUGUAAAACAAGUGUGGUAUAUUUAUGUAUUAAGAUUCUUAAAACCGCAUCAAGUGGAAUUUGAUUAAAUAUAUACAAUCUAA